UACACACCCGUUAGAAUUUCGCGCACGUUUAUGAUCAUUAAUAAUUAGCAGAUGAUACUGCUUUGAUCGGUGUUCCUAUCAGUCUUUAUUUUAUCUAUCAAUGUUAGGAAAGCAAAUAGAAAAUGCAAUUGAGACUGAGUUGAAGUGUCGCUUGUUCUGUACUUCAAUAUCAAUUGCUUCGAAAAAGUUAGAGGAAAUAGAGUCAGGAAACACUUUGUCAGAGAACAAUUCAAUUCCUCUUAAUUCACCAUGCAAGUUCUUGAACAUUAUUUUGUGUACUUUACAUGAUAUUCCCUGACUGUUAUGAGGAUAAGCUUUUGUGAAUAUAAAACUCACCCCAAUAACACACACGUUACCAAACAGUACUGUUUGACUCUCCAGCUUGGUGAAUAGUGGUGUGGUGAAACAUGGAAAACGCAUCCUAUUGAAGUUUUUCAGAAGAAGUUAAGCUCUAACAUUAAAAAAACUAAGACGACUUCAAAGUCAGUCAUGGAGUUUUAUCGACGACAAGAUGAACAUAUUCGUGAAUUGGAGAAGAUCGCAACUAUUAUGGAGGCAGAAACCUCCGAUGUAGAAGUAACCUCCAAUCAUCAUUCUAUUAGGCGGCAAACGCGAAUUAAUACAAUGAUUAUUAGUGUUGUAUUUUGUGCCAACGUGGUACUUUUAUUGGGUAAAGCUGUAGCAUCUGCAUUAUCAGGGUCAUUAGCAAUCAUAUCAUCUUUGUUAGAUAGUUGUGUCGAUUUGGCUUCCGGUGGUAUCAUGUGGUUUGCUGCUCGUCAAAUGCGUAAAAGGAAGCCAUACAAAUACCCAGAAGGGAGAACACGACUUGAACCAUUAGCAGUGAUUGUACUCUCUGUAUUUAUGGGUAGUAUAUCUAUACAACUUCUAGCUGAAUCUGUACAAGCCAUUGUUCGUAUGUCACAAAAUAAUCAAGAGGCACCAAACGUUAGUGAUUUAGCAUUGGGAAUAAUGGCAUCCGUAAUUGUGACUAAACUAAUAUUAUGGAUCAUUUGUAUUAAAUUUGGUGGUGGAAUGGCUAUCGAUGCGCUUAAAACUGAUCAACGUAAUGAUAUACUUACAAAUGCUGCAUCAAUUUUAUUUAGUGGUCUUGCUGGACGUUUACCUCCUUUACUACGACAAAAACAAUACGAAAAUCUUAAGUAUUUAGAUCCCGUUGGAGCUAUACUUAUUGGUUCUUAUAUUUUGUGGUCUUGGUAUCAACUUGGUGCUGAACAGAUACGUAAUCUAGCUGGUCAUACAGCUAAUCCAAGGUUUAUUCAAAAGAUUGCUUUCGUUUGUCUUAAUUAUCAUCCGUUGAUUGAACAAGUGGAUACCAUUAGGGCAUUUCAUUUCGGUGAAAACUUCUUGGUUGAAGUUGACAUUGUGUUACCUAAAGAAAUGUGUCUUAAAGAAGCUCAUGAUAUUGGUGAAGGGUUACAAAAGAAAUUGGAAAAAUUAGAAACAGUUGAACGGGCUUUUGUACACUUAGAUUAUGAAUUUUCACAUCGUCCAGAAACUGAGCAUAAAAUAGUUUAAAGAAAAAGAAAAAAAUUUCAUUGUAUCCUGUUUUUUAAUCAAUUUAAAGUGUACACAUACAUAACCAUUUAUGACAUGUUCCAACAUAAAACAAAAGAAAUUGACAAUUUAUUAUAUUAUUUAAUAUAAAUAUUGAUGACCAUGAAUACACCAUGUAUCUACAAUAACUUGCUAGAUUUCUUUCAUUAUUCAUUUCGUUUCAGUAAUUUUCAUGCUCCUGUUUCUUUGUUUAUUUAUUUCAUCUAUUUUAUAUUUUGUCCGACACAUAUAUAGUUUCUGUUCAAAUUUACAAGAAUAUAAU